UUUACAUUAUCUCUAGAAACAGAACCAAAAAACUGAAAAGAUUAUAUAUCAAAAACCAAAGGAUUGAUUCCUUUGUAUGAGUUGUAGUUAUAACCUUUGUUUGUUUAAAGUGAUGCCAAUUAUAUAAGACACAACAACAUCAAUCCCUUGUUCUUUAUUCUACUUAUCAUUUUCUUUUAUUUCACAAGUUUUGUUGUUCCUUGUUCGAUCACUACAAGAAAAACUGUUAUUACGGACGGUUAUGGAACGAAGGGUUCUUGAUGGUAUUAUCAAUAGGCUGCUUGAAGUUAGAGGAAGGCCUGGGAAACAGGUGCAGCUUUCAGAGGGAGAAAUCAAGCAGCUUUGUAUGGUUUCUAGAGAAAUUUUCUUGAAGCAGCCUAAUCUGUUGGAACUUGAGGCACCAAUUAAGAUAUGUGGUGAUAUCCAUGGUCAAUAUUCAGACCUAUUAAGCCUAUUUGAGCAUGGUGGAUUCCCUCCUCGUUCCAACUACUUAUUCUUAGGUGACUAUGUAGACCGUGGAACACAAAGCUUAGAAACAAUAUGCCUUCUUCUAUCCUACAAAAUCAAAUACCCUGAAAACUUCUUCCUUCUUCGAGGAAACCACGAAUGCGCUUCCAUAAACCGCGUUUAUGGAUUCUACGACGAAUGCAAAAGGAGAUUCAGUGUAAGGAUAUGGAAGAUAUUCUCUGAUUGUUUCAACUGUUUGCCAGUUGCAGCUAUUAUUGAUGAAAAGAUUAUAUGUAUGCAUGGUGGAUUGUCUCCUGAGUUACAUAGUUUGAAACAGAUAAGUAAUUUGCCUCGACCGACUGAGGUUCCUGAAAGUGGUCUUUUGUGUGAUCUUUUGUGGUCUGAUCCUUGUAAAGAUGUUUAUGGUUGGGGUGUUAAUGAACGUGGUGUUUCUUUUACUUUUGGUGCUAGUAAGGUCUCUGAGUUUCUUCGAAAGCAUGAUCUAGAUUUGGUUUGUAGAGCUCAUCAGGUUGUUGAAGAUGGAUAUGAGUUUUUUGCUAAUAGACAACUUGUGACUAUUUUUUCUGCUCCAAAUUAUUGUGGAGAAUUUGACAAUGCUGGAGCAAUGAUGAGUGUUGAUGAGACACUUAUGUGUUCUUUUCAGAUAUUAAAACCUGUGGAUCAUAAAAGGCCUAAGUUUGGUUUUAGGAGUACAACUUCAUUCAAGGCAUUUCUUGGUGCUAAAGUAAGAGCUGAUUAAGAUCACUAAAGUUUGGAACAUAAAAAAAUUGACUUUGAAAAAGUUAACUGUAUUCAGUACAAAGUGAAGGAAGACUAUAACUUUCAAUUUGGAAAAACAAAAGGGAGUUAUCUAUGCUUUAGAUUCCAACAAAAAUGAAGAGCUAACUAAGGUUUCACUUUUCUUUAAUUUCUUUAAGCUUUUGGUGUGAGAUAUAGUUUUCUAGUGCUUCCUAUGUUGAUUUCUUUGGUUGUAUUCAUGUGGCAGCAUUAAGGAUUUUUUAAUAAUUAGAUUGUAAUAUUUUCAUGUUCACCCUUUUUUCUUUUUCCAAAUGUAGUUCAUAGCUGAGAUAUUUAAAAUAGUUUAUAUUA